CUCCCGCUGGCCCCGAGCAGCCACCGCGCUCGCCGCUCGCUGUCCCCUCGUCCCGCUCGGUCCCUCGCUCCCGGGGAUGUCCAUGAGGAGCCCCAUCUCUCCACCCCCGGAGCUGGAUGGAGCGGGCACCAUGGUGAACUGCGCCGUCAAGACGGAGGAGAGGAAGGAGGGCGGCCCCGAGACCCCCCCGGGGGCUGCCCCCAGCGCCGAGCCCCGGCCCCACGACCCCCCAGGGCCACCACCCAGGGAUGGCACCGAGCCCCAGGCCCUGCCACAGGAAUCCCGCUCUCCCACCGGGGACGUUCCCGAGCCCCGGCGCUCCGCCUUCGAGCCGGCCGGCAGCGGCCAGGAGAAGCUGGACUUCAACAGGAACCUGAAGGAAGUGAUGCCGACCAUCGAGAAGCUGCUGGCCAGUGACUGGAAGGAGCGGCUGCUGGGCCGGAACCCGGCUGAAUCCAAGGAAGUGAAAGGAACCCAGGAGAGCCUGGCGGAGAAGGAGCUGCAGCUGCUGGUGAUGAUCAACCAGCUGUCCACGCUGCGGGACCAGCUGCUGACGGCGCACUCGGAGCAGAAGAACAUGGCCACCAUGCUCUUCGAGAAGCAGCAGCAGCAGAUGGAGCUGGCACGGCAGCAGCAGGAGCAGAUCGCCAAGCAGCAGCAGCAGCUCAUCCAGCAGCAGCACAAGAUCAACCUCCUCCAGCAGCAGAUCCAGCAGGUCAACAUGCCCUAUGUGAUGAUCCCCGCCUUCACCCCCGGCCACCAGCCCCUCCCGGUCACCCCCGAGUCCCAGCUGGCACUGCCCAUCCAGCCCAUCCCCUGCAAACCGGUGGAUUACCCCGUGCAGCUCCUGCACAGCCCCCCUCCCCCCACGCUGAAGAGACCCGCGGGCCCGGGACACCUCCAGAUGCAGGAGACCUCGCAGCCGCUGAACCUGACGGCCAAACCCAAAGGUUCCGAGCUCCCCAGUGCCUCCAGUUCGCCCAGUUUGAAGCUGAGCGGGUGCCAGUCCCUCACGCCGAGCCACGGGGCCAGCAGGGAGCUGCAGAGCAGCCCGUCCAGCCUCCCUCUGGGAUUCCUGGGAGAGGGCGAUGCCAUCACCAAAGCCAUCCACGACGCGCGGCAGCUGCUGCACGGCCACGGCGCCGCCAUGGAGGGCUCCCUGAGCAGCCCCUACCGCAAGGAGCCCGUCGGGAUCGACUCCUCCCCGGUGAAGGAGCGGAUGGAGGAGACCCCCGGCCACCGGCUGGACGAGGCUCUGCUGAGCUGCGAGAUGGACGGCUCCCGGCACUUCCCAGAGUCCAGGAACAACAACCACAUCAAGCGGCCCAUGAACGCCUUCAUGGUGUGGGCCAAGGACGAGCGCAGGAAGAUCCUGCAGGCAUUCCCGGACAUGCACAACUCCAGCAUCAGCAAGAUCCUGGGAUCCCGCUGGAAAUCCAUGUCCAACCAGGAGAAGCAGCCCUACUACGAGGAGCAGGCGCGGCUGAGCCGGCAGCACCUGGAGAAGUACCCGGACUACAAAUACAAACCGCGGCCCAAGCGCACCUGCAUCGUGGAGGGCAAGCGGCUGCGCGUGGGCGAGUACAAGGCGCUGAUGAGGAACCGUCGCCAGGACGCCCGGCAGGGAUUCCUGAUAGGGCCGCAGGGCAGCCAGGUGCCCCCCAGCUCCUCGGACGUGCUGUACCCGCGGCCGGUGGGCGUGCAGCUGCCCCCGCCCCUCCUGGAGCAUUACCUGCCCCGCGGCGCGGACCCCGCCAUGCCCGUCAUCGUCAACACCCGCAGCCUCAAGGACGGGGACGCCGGGGACGACGGGCACUCGGUGCCCGAGGGGGACGUGUACCGCUACAGCGAGGACGAGGACUCGGAGGGCGAGGACAAGAGCGACGGCGAGCUGGUGGUGCUGACGGACUGAGGGGGCGCGGGGGGACAGCGGAGGGGGGUGGCAGGGCUGGCUGCCACCACCGGGAGGGCACGGCUUGUCCAGGUGGGAUGGCACUCGGCCACAGGAGAGCUGCCCACCUGCAGAGGGGUCCCGCGAGGGUGGGCACCUGGGGUUUUGGGUGGCAAGGACUGGCUUGGCCUUGCUUCGGUGGCACGUGGAGCCGAGGCCAGCGAGCCCGGAGAUUUGGUGACAAUGUGGCUGCCGCGCUGUCACCCCUGAAGGGACCUGAGGCUCUUGGGCUGCAGGGAACCUCCAGAACAUCUCCAGCCCUGCAGCACCUGAGGGUCCUGGAGAGCCUCACCUGCUGCGCUGCUGGGCACAGGGUGGGGACAUGGA